AUGCAAGUUUAUAGAGCGUUACGUUGCACAACUGAAGAGGUGGAACAAUUUUUGCAUGAGCUCGAAACUCUCGGUGUGGUGCAGAAGCUGCAAGAUGAAUGGAUUAGAGUGGAUUCUAUCAAAAGUAAUUUUUGUUUCAUAUUAAAAUUUCAAAUUUAUAAUGAUCCGAAUGAAAACAGUCGAUUUGCAGUGGAUGAAUUGAAGCAGCAAACAUCAAACGGUGCAUUGAUGCGUGACACGAAUUCACCAACAAUCGCAAUUAUUACGUGUUUAUUCGUUGAGAAACAGUGCAUCGACUCGAUUAUUGAUAACAGCUCAACGGUACAUCGCUAUCGUUCAGGUGGAGAUUCGAAUGUGUACACGCUUGGAUGGAUCGGAAAACAUCGUGUGGUUGCAACUAAACUCGCCGUUAUUGGUACGCAUUUUUGGUUUAUUCACAGUGAUACCCGUGAGGCGACCACAUCUGCCGGUUCAAUCACGACACGUUUACUGGGCAAUUUCCAAAAUGUUGAGCACGUUUUCAUAGUUGGUGUUGGAGGAGGUGUAGCGCAUUACACGGACGCAGCUCGACAUAUUCGUUUGGGUGAUGUGGUCAUCAGUGCGUCUACACCAAACGCGUAUGUGUUUGCUCAUUCGUAUACGUUGGAUCGAAAAACUGAAAAUAUCAACGGUUUUGUGGUGAGACGUUGGAAUCCGCAAGACAGUUGUAUCGCGAAAAUCGCGAUGGAAAUUUUUAACUGCAAAUUUUCCAUUCAAGGAGGCGGAAAUGUGGUCGUGAUUCCACAUCCAAAUCAUGAACGCACCGAUUCAGUGAUACAUUUGGGUUCAGUUGGUGCAAUGGUAUCGCAUAAGAAACAAGUUAGCACUGACGAGAAUGAAGAUACUCGAGAUGCAGCCAGUCAAAUUCGAGAUCGCUUCGCAGCCGAGUUCGGUUUGCGUGCAUUCGAUGCGGGGUUCGACUCGGUGAUUGCGGCCGUGAACGGAUCGUGUAUCGAUAGUUGGACGUUGAUUCGCGGUAUAGCCGACUAUCAACACGGCCAAAGUAGAGCAGCACGUACUUGGCAGGCAUACGCAGCAGCACGUGCAGCCGCACUGACCAGAUCGUUGAUUCUGCGUCUGCCGACGGCCCAAGAGCAACAUAACGGUCAUUGA